AUUACGAAAUGGACUGGUUAAAGGUAAUACAAGAUAGGACUAAGAGAAAUUGUGCAUCUUCAUUAUCAGAAUAUUACUUGAAAGUCCACGAAAUUUAUGUUCAGAGCAUACACCAUUCUCAGAAGUAUGAGCCAACUAUCCCUAUGGACACACAUAAAUCGGAAAAUUUGACCCAGCAACAAUUCGAGCAAAAUAAGUGUGAUAACAGUUCACAGAAAUCAAUUUUCCAAAAUGGUGCAACCAAAUUUUUAUUGAAAGAUCAAAUUAAACAGGAGCCCAUACUAGACAGCCCAGAUCCUUCAGUUAUGUCACAAGAUUUUAACCCCAAGCUAGUGAAGACAGAAUUCGAUUUUCACCAUUUUAAUGGUAACCGUGAUAGUAACAGAUCGAAAAGUUACGAACUAAAACAAAAUGGUUUCAACCACUCCGGAUUAACACGCCUUAAUGUCAAAAACAAGAAGAAAUUAAAAAAAGUCAAAGAAUUUAGUAUUUGCCAAAGCAUGAUUAGAAACUCCGGAAAGCAUAAAUCGUGCAAUGUAAUGGAGGAAUCGGAUGCAUCGCACGUAAUCUUAAAGACACCGUACGUGAUAACUAACUCGGUCAAUUGUAAAGAUGUAAUAAGUCGAUAUAGUCAGACAGAACCAAACUAUGUGAUGCCUCUCACUAUGAUAUUAGUCGAUAAUCGAACAAUUUCGCAGGGAGCGCUCGCAGAUCAUGUAAGUAAUAGCAGUCUGAAGACUAAUAUGAUAAAUAAAGGUACACAAUGUACAAUCACUCAAGAUACACCAUACGCAAAAAAUGAUCAAAGUUAUGCAGCAAAGAAUGAGGAUACCACCAAAUGGGCUGGUCUUCACAAAUUUAUAGAAUCCUACCAAUUACACAUUAAAGAUUGCGACGCCGAACUGAAAUCGUUAAGGGAAUCUUUGAAGAAGUGGAGGGAAGCAGUGUACGUAAACCAGUGUGAAGUACGAAAUUUGGAGCACGAUCGUCGAUUACUGCAAUCCACCUCGUUUAUGUUCGAACAGGAGCGCAUACAGAUACAAACGAAAAUAGAUAACUUCAAUGCAAUUGUUGACGCAUUUAGAUAGCAUCAGAAUUUUCGUUUUAAUAGAACUUUCUGUACCCGAACUGUAUUUUUAACUGUGAUUAAAAUUAAAAUCUUAUAAUAUUGGUAA